AUGGAAAGAUUGUCAUCAGAGUUGGAUGUACUCAAGAUUUGGUUGAAGAACAUAACUGAAGCCACCAUGUUUAUGCUGAUGGGCUUCACAGAUGACUUUGACCUACAAGUCUUAUUAUUUUUAUUAUUUCUUGUAAUCUAUCUUUUCACUUUUAUAGGAAAUUUGGGGCUGGUUGUUCUUGUCAUUGGGGAGUCCCGGCUCCACAACCCUAUGUACUAUUUUCUGAGUGUUUUAUCAUUCUUGGAUGCAUGCUAUUCUACAGUUGUCACACCAAAAAUGUUCGUCAAUUUCCUAGCAGAAAAGAAAUCCAUAUCAUAUCAUGAAUGUGUUGCACAAAUGCUUCUCUUUGUUUCUUUUGGGAGCACAGAAUCAUUUCUCUUGGCUGCAAUGGCAUAUGACCACUAUGUAGCCAUCUACAACCCUCUUCUCUACUCAGUGAGCAUGUCACCCAGAGUCUAUGUGCCACUCAUCAUUGUCUCCUAUGUUGGUUGCAUUUUACACGCUACUGUACAUACAGUGGCCACGUUUAGCCUGUCCUUCUGUGGAUCCAACGAAAUUAGGCAUGUGUUCUGCGAUAUCCCUCCACUACUUGCUAUUUCUUGUUUGGACAUUCGCAUAAACCAGCUUCUACUUUUCUACUUAGUGGGUUCUAUUGAAAUACUCACUAUCCUGAUUGUCCUAGUUUCCUAUGGUUUUUUUCUGUUGGCCAUUAUGAAGAUGCAUUUUGCUGAAGGCAGAAGAAAAGUGUUUUGUACAUAUGGGUCUCACCUAACUGGAGUGUCUAUUUAUCAAGGAACCAUCCUCUUCAUGUAUGUGAGACCAAGUUCCAGCUAUGCCUUAGAGCAUGACAUGAUAGUGUCCAUAUUUUACAUAAUUGUGAUUCCUAUGCUCAACCCCAUUAUCUACAGUUUGAGGAACAAAGAUGUAAAAGAAACAGCCCAAAGACUUGUAGAGAGACUUUUUGUGGCAUUAAGGAAUUCUAGAGAAUGCAUUGAAUAUAUUCCCAGGAAGAAGAAAGUGGAUUCAGAGAAUUUAUCAAUUCAAUAUUACACAAGUAAUUAG